CUCACAGAUCAAAAUAUUCCCAGUGACAAAAUCACCAAAAAUAUGGCUGAAAACAGAGAUGAAAAAAUCAAUCUUAGGCCCAUAAAAAUAUCAGACAUAGAUGAUUUCAUGGUGUGGGCAAGUGAUGAAAGAGUUGCCCAUUUCUGCACUUGGGAUUCCUACACUUCACGAGAUGAAGCACUCCACUUCCUCACCAACAACGCCAUCCCCCACCCAUGGUUCCGAGCCAUCUGCGCCGGAGAUCGAGCGGUCGGCUCGAUCUCCGUCACGCCCGGCUCUGGCACCCGGAGCUGCACGGCGGAGCUCGGCUACGUGGUGGCGUUUGAGCACUGGGGGAAAGGGGUUGCCACGGAGGCGGUGAGGAUUGUGGCCUCCACCAUUUUCCGAAAGUGGCCGCUGCUGCAGAGGCUUGAGGCUUUGGUGGACGCUGAGAAUGGAAGGUCCCAGAAGGUUCUAGAGAAGGCAGGAUUUGUGAGGGAAGGCUUGCUCAGGAAGUAUGAUGUUGUCAAAGGGAAACCUAGAGAUAUGAUUGUUUUCAGCCUUCUUCCUUAGCCACUUUUACUCUGCUUUACUUCUGUUCUGUUUCAACAAUUAACAACCUGUUUAUUGUAA